AUGUGCAAUCGCAAGCAAUCAUCGGAUUCUGCGAGCACCGCUGUGAGAUUUGACGACACGCGUGUGCAGUAUCCUCUAUUCAACCACCUGAAAGGGAUGCCGAACCUUCAGAGCCCUCAGUCGAUGUUCUUCCUGCCGUUAUUGGACCAACUGCGCGGCCUGUCACACUGUUCCAACGCGGCCGCGCUGGCCGGUCAACAACAACAGCAGACCUCCACCACGACGGCGUCUACCAAUUGCAACGUCAUGCCGACAGCUGUGUGGGCCAACAACGGCCGACCGCCGUCGACGUCUUCGGCCAGUCAGUGUUCCAUGCAACUGCAGCAGGAACAGCAACAGACGCCGCCGCCGCCGUCUGCUCAGGCGCAACAGCAACAGCAGCUGCGACACCGGACGACGGCCACCGAUCCGGACGCGCCGCUGAACCUGACCAAGCGAAAGUCGCCCACUCCGCAACCGCAUCCUCCGUCGUCGACGACUCCGCAAAACCACCACCAACAUCUCCAACAGCAGCAACAACAGCAGCAACAGCAACAGCAGCAACAGCAGCAACACCAUCAUCUCCAGCAGCAGCAACAGCACCAACAGCACUUGCAACACCAACUGCAACAACAGGCCAACAACAUGUUCCCACCGGGCGGCGCCGGAUGGAACUCGUCUUCGUCUUCGCCGCCGGCCACCACGCCGGGCACUGCCAACAGGAGGUCCGGUUCCGGUCAAGGACUGGUCAGUCCACCGGCCGCGGCCACUCCGAAACUCUUGCCACCGCCCAUACCGGUGUCCAGGGGAUUCAUGCCGUACGCCGGCAUACCACAGCCUACUGCUCCGCUGCAUCGCUCGAGAGCCGUAAAACGAAGCCUAUCGCCCAGCGCGGAGACGAUGUCGCCGUACUCGAGAUUCCAAGGAUAUCCGCCUCAGCUCAUCAGGGACGAUCAUUCCGUAGACAUGGAUAUAUCUUGGAGACCCAACGAUCCAAAUUUCAAUAUUGACGACACUGCAACUGACAAAGGUCACAUGAUACGACAGCAGAAGAAGGACGGCGAGCAUAUAAAGAGACCUAUGAACGCGUUCAUGGUUUGGGCCAAGGACGAGAGGCGAAAGAUCUUGAAAGCCUGUCCCGACAUGCACAAUUCGAACAUUUCGAAAAUAUUAGGUGGCCGGUGGAAGGCAAUGUCGAACGCGGACAAGCAGCCGUACUACGAGGAACAGUCCAGGCUGUCCAAGUUGCACAUGGAAAAGCACCCGGACUACCGGUAUCGGCCCAGGCCGAAGCGGACGUGCAUCGUGGACGGCAAGAAGAUGCGGAUAUCCGAGUACAAGACGCUGAUGCGGCAGCGGAGGAACGAGAUGCGGCAGUUGUGGUACAGGGGCGAGGAGUCCGGUCCUUCCGGUUCCGGACUGGACGGCGUGGCCGAGCCGGACGUGGCCGGCACCAGUUUCAGAUUUCCGGCUGACGGUUCCAUAUCGCCGACCGUCAUGUACUCGAUGGCCAACUCGCCGGCCAACUCGCAGGCCAACUCACCGUCGUUCAGCGUCGACAGUCACGACGAGGACUAG